GGACCGAUCCGGUGCAAAACAUAUCUUCUUAGCCAUGCCUUCUGACGUCUUCAACUGGCUCCCGCCUGAAAUUCAUCUCAAAAUCGUGGACAGUCUCCAGUCACUUCACAACAUUCGAUCUUUUACCUCGGCUUCCCCAACCGCAAGACGCUAUUUCCAUGCCAACCAACGCACUUCUUUUCUAUGGCCUUACAUCCUAGAGAUACAAGCAAAUUUCGGGGAUGAAGCACUUGUACCGCUGGCAUUGAUUCUCCUGCAAGUGCGAAAGAUCGAGCAACGCAUCAGACCCUACCUCGAGGCCGUAGCUCGUUUCGAUAAAUCAGAACCCACGGAGGAAUGGAAAACGAACUUGGGCUGUAUUUUAGCCAUAAUAAAUAUGAUUCGGGAGUUUGGCCCCAUAACAGCAGGCUCAGUGAACGGAUUCCGAAACCACUUAUCGGAGAUAGCAAGAUAUGACAUACACAUAUUUGCAAAUCGGGGCCACGCCAUUAAUGUUUUUCUCCGUUACGAUCUCUACUGCCAAUUAGCCUGUAACGGAGAAGAAAGGCUUUUCACACAAAGAGAAGCAGAAAGAGAACAGGCCAAUGAACUCGAAUCUUAUCUCCAUAAGCGUUUAAAACACCCACAACAAGCUCAUCACCCGUGGAUCCCCGACACCAUGAUGAAGCUAAUUAAACAGCGACACAGAGACAUUCUACUUUCCGUUGACGACACGUUCGGGGUUUCUAGGAGCGCGCGGAGAGAGCGUAACCAGGUGGAGGAUAUCAUACGCCUUGGAGGCCCAGGCCCUUCCGUCUUGAGACGCCUUCAACAAUGCCGGUUUGUUACGAGACAACGGGAUGAUGAGACCACAUACCUCGAUUACGUGUCUCUGCAGGGAUUUCCUUUUCUCCACCACUUGGAACAACUUGAAGCAGAGGCCCAGAAACCGUACGUUCUCGACAUCUUUUUCAAAGUGACCACAAAGAGAUUACAAGAGCUGGCUGGGAUAAGGGUAGCUACUCGAUCUGCCGCGAGGCGAGAGAGUAUCUACCAGACUUAUGCUUUCAGUUGGGGAUGA